UUUAUCACGUGAUGUGUUGACGUGGUUGACACGAAUGUGUGUUAGUCACAUUGGUUACGGCGCAGUUUGAAAGACACCUCCAUGCAAAGCCAACUGAGUUUUGUCCCUCCGUAUGAGUUUACGUUAACAGUCAGCGCUUCUCCUGGCAUGUUGUAAAAUGUAAACCCCAAGGUUCUAGAUGUCAUGAAACUUUGUGAGUAUUGUGGAGAUGAAAUACAUCAAGACUCUCAACGUGUGUAUCAUAAGGAUGUAGACGUUCGUUAUGUGACACUGCAGGAUUCUAUACCAUCGGACUUUGAAUAUGUCACUGUAUAUUGCAAAGGUGACAGCAUCACCUAUCUCAAGAAGGGGAGCUUAGUACCGAAAGGUUUUCAACGUGUAUCUGUUUCUGUCAGAGAUCGGGACGUAAAAUAUGCAAGGAAACAGGACUUGAGACCAGAAGGUUUUGAACAGGUUUCUGUCUACGCCAGGAAUGGAGAAGUAAAAUAUGCAAGAAAAGGGGACAUCUCACCAACAGGGUUUGAUCAUGUUUCUGUCUAUGCAAAGAAUGAAGAAAUAAAGUAUGAGAAAGAAGGUCAGCAUAUCCCAGUAGGUUAUGAACACGUGACUGUCUAUGUCAAAACCGAAGACAUACUUUAUACAAGGCAAGGAGAGCCGGUACCGACAGGGUCUGAACACGCAGACGUUUAUGUGAAAGACAAAGACAUAAUACAAGUAAAGUGUCUACAAGUGAAAGAAGCAUUUCAUACAGAGUGUCUGGAAAAAAAUAUUCCAAGGCGUGAUGAGGCAGUUCGUAAGUUUCUGAAAAAUGUCUCUUCAAAAUGCAAUGUCCUGUCUACCGGGGUUCAUGUCAAGUACCUAUUUGGGGUUGGGAAAGAAAAACAAGAUAAGUCAAAGAAAAAGGAGAAGAGAGAUUGUAAAGCAGCGGAGUUACUGAGAAAAGUAUCAGCUCUGCGCAACUCCAACUCUGGAUAUAUACUGGUUCAUUUUGUUGGCCUGGCGCCUGGAGAUUCCUUCACUGGCGCAUUUGAUGAGUUUGCUGACCCAAAACUUCAUGAUUUGAUUCAAGAUGGAAAACAGUUCUGUGAUGUUUACAGGAAAGUGACAUUAAACAGUCAUUGUGCUUGUAGGGAUUUUGGCGACUUCCUUGUUCUCUAUGUAGGAGCUGCUUCUACUGUGACAACUUCUAGAUUCAAUACCAAGACAACAUUUGAUGACUGCAUUAUUGACAUUCCUGCAGAAACGCUCAGGACCUUUGUUAGAGAAAGGAAAACCUUCAAAGAAACAUUCCAUAAAAUUCCUGGUGUGACUCAUGCAGAUGAUCUUCUGAAUGUUCGUGAAAACAGAUCACUUCAAUUGAAAAGUAACUUUGAACAAAAGGAAGGGGAUCAAGCAUUGGCAGAGUAUAUUAUCAAGAAUCUCAAACUUGCAGAAUACAUAAGCGCAUUUACUAAAACUGAAUGUGGUGGUUCUUAUCUCUAUGGUGUCCAUGAGGAAAAUUGUUUUCUGGAGGGAUAUGGUUAUGAAACUAAAGUAAUCCGCAUCCAGCACGUUGUUCUGAGGGACAGAACUGCAUUCAAGGACACGUUAGAGGAUAACAUUGGGAAUACUGUUCUCGUCUGUGACUAUGAUGGAAACGAAGUAUCUGUCAAAGAUGAGAUUAUAUUCCAAGUUCACUUUAUUCCUUGCACACCAGCAGAGGAAGAAGUUUAUCUGAGAGAAAACUGUGAAUCUGUAAAUCAUGGGCACAGUGAUGCAGACGCAGUAGUUGUUCAUGUUUCAGUCAGACCAGUGAGCGGGAUAGUGUUCUAUGACAAACAAGGACCACUUGCAUAUCGAUAUGACAAACAAUUCAAACUGAUCACACGGAUAAAUAUCAAGGAUUGGGUACGUGCUCUUACAAGACGAAGGGAAACACCAGAGUGAACUGAUAUAAUACACAAAAAGACGGCAGGAUGUGGAGGCUACUACAAAAUAUCGCAAAGGAUGAUGAGCAUGGUCUAUACCUGGGGACAAACGACUUCUUUCGUCCGGGCCUAAAACAGAUUGGAAACAGUCUCUAUGAAAUAAGAAGUUACUUCAUUCAAAAAGAUGGUCAGGGUAUUGCGCCAACAAAACUAACAACCUCUUUGGAACAAGUGAAAAAACGACUCAUUGAACACGUAGAAAAUCACGCGUUCGACUUUGUAUUUGAUCCUCUGACCAGUGAAGUGGUAGACUAUCCCAACCCAAAGGCUGGACCAUGCUUUAUGUUCUUAGCCCAUUCCUUAUCAGUAGUGCUAGAUUUCCCCACAUCACCCCGUCCAAGCCACACAGUGUGUGAUGUAUUCCUGGCACUACCUACACAACCUGUGAUAGUUUUGUCACUGGUUGAUGGAGAUGCAGAGUCUCCUGAAGCAGUGAUGUACAAUACAUCAGUGGCCAGAGGAGUGAUAGAGACACUCAGCAGAUUCACGGAUGAAGAUGUCAACUCCAUACAUGGAGUCAUUCAUACGUCAAUCCUCGAGGACGCUGCCUCAUUUGAGACUCAACUGAAAAGGUUGGCAAAUGAUUCUUCACAUUUUGUCACAAGAGAUUCUUUGGUAAUGACACCUGGCAGAUAUGAGAAAGUCCUUACUGCUUUCUGGGCUGGUGUUGCUGAAACAAAGUCGGUGCUUAAAGAUACUGGUGACACUGAUGGUGAUUGUCUGAGAUUUCUCACCAAAGAACAAUGUAUCAUUCUGGUGGAGAACAUAAACGAUAAGGAUGUCCAGGUGAAGUGUUUGCCCGGAAGUGGAGCGACGACGUUGAUGCUGGAGGUGGCCAGGAGACUGAACCGACAGGGGGACACUCUGCUGGUGUGUAGGUCACGGGAGGAGAGGGACAGACUCAGGUCGGUGUACCCAUCAGCUGUAGCAGCAGAGGAUCUCAGUACGGUUGACCUGUCCUCCUGUGUGAAUAUCGUGGAUGAAACUAACACAGUCAUGACACACGCAAGCAGUCGGAAGUGGCGAUUUGGAACCUAUGUAACUGAUAUUAAGGAACUGAAGUCCAAAAUAUGCGAGGCAGAAAGGGAAACAGAAGGGAUGGAGAAACAAAUAGAUGUUUUGUCUGAUGAUGCUUGGAAGAAACAGAUUGAAUAUCUCCUCAGGGAUUUCAGUGUGCUGAAAAUAUUUAGUUACAAACUGGAACAAACAUGGCGUAUAUCUGUUCGUCCGCUACGCCAUAGUCUGGAGGUCAAGCCACUUUGGCUUACAACAAGCAAGGCCUUGGGCGGCUUCGGGCAACUCUCUGCCCCACACAAGGCUCAGUUGUCAGACCUACAUGAGGGAAUGAGACUAAGGAAGAAUAUGUUUCCUCUUCUAAGAUCGGUCAUGAUCAAAGAUAAAACGCUUCAAAUGUAUCACGAGGUUAAAAUGGCCCACUUGAGGAAUGCUUUGGGUAAAAAAGAAUACACAGAAUGGAAACACAAUUUUACGAUGGAUGGACAUGUCGAAAGUCCAGGAAUUGAGCAACAAAUGGAGAGGCUUCACUUUGAGUCAGGGAAGGAAGGAAGAGAAUCCGACAUUCAACCAGUACGGAAGGAAGGUAUCCAGACAACCGAAUUGGAAAUAGAGCCACAGGACACAGAUGGAAAAGAUCUUGAAAGCCGCUGGGGAGAAAUCGACAAGCUUAAUCACGAUCUGGACAACCUACUGAAGGACAGGGAUCAUAGAAAAGAAAAACUCCACAAAUUAUACACGGUGGAGUGGCAGGCAACAAUGGAGUACCUGACUCGACACACGACGGUCUUAUCUGUGUUAGACAUAGAGGUACCAGGUUUUGAUGUUCUGUCUGGUUCCAUAACGUCACAAUCUGACAACACGAGUGAUGGUCGAGGCCACAAUAAAGAACAGGAAUCUAAAGGACACACAAGAGCUCCCGUUCUGAUUCACCAGCUGAGGCAAUACCAACAGGGACGACUGACAGAAAACCACCUGGCUGCAAUUGCAUUGAAGGUCCUAAACGUCACCUGGACGCGACUCGGGCCAACACAGGCUGGUGCCACGUAACUACAGACGGUGAGCUGGUCAACUCGCCGCCCGACACACGGGAUGAGGGGCGGAACAGGCUACAGGAGUACAUGGGGACCUGUAGCUCCCCCAUCCCCCUUCCUCCACCCCCCUCCACCCUCACCCCCCUCCCCACCACA